GUCCAUUUUCAGUUUAUGAAGAGUCCCAAGUUCCAACUCCAAUACCAGCCUCACCCUCAUUUUCCAAAACCAAAUCCCUUCCUUACUCUCUCUCUCUCUCUCUCUACUCUCUUCCUGAGACUGAGAGUGAGAAGAGAAAAAAAUGGCAACAAUCAGCUUCCACAAUUCGACCUUCUCCGUGAACAGCUCAAGAAGAACCUCAUUUCCUCAUCGUUCCCCACUCUCUAAUAAACUCUUCCUUGGAAGCUUAUCUAAACCAGUUCUCACACUCCGUUCUCCAACUCAUACACCAAUCAAAUGCUCAGUUUCUCAAGCUACAGACACCACCACUCCCGAUAUCGGUGAGAAGAAGAGCCAAUUGAUGAGGAGAAGUGAUGUAAGGAAUAUAGCGAUUGUGGCUCACGUUGAUCAUGGAAAGACAACUUUGGUUGAUUCUAUGUUGAAGCAAGCUAAGGUUUUUCGUGACAACCAAUUUGUACAGGAAAGGAUAAUGGACUCAAAUGAUCUUGAGCGUGAAAGAGGAAUUACAAUACUCAGCAAAAAUACAUCUAUCACUUAUAAAGACACAAAGGUUAACAUAAUAGAUACUCCAGGGCACUCUGACUUUGGAGGGGAAGUUGAACGCAUCCUCAAUAUGGUGGAAGGGGUUCUUCUAGUGGUAGAUUCUGUUGAGGGUCCAAUGCCUCAAACAAGAUUUGUUCUAAAGAAGGCCCUAGAAUUUGGCCAUGCUGUUGUUGUUGUGGUCAAUAAGAUUGACAGACCAUCUGCUCGUCCUGAUUAUGUCAUAAAUUCAACUUUUGAACUCUUUAUUGAACUAAAUGCAUCAGAUGAACAGUGUGAUUUCCAAGCAAUAUAUGCAAGCGGUAUUAAGGGAAAGGCAGGAUUGUCACCUGAUAAUUUGGCAGAAGAUCUUGGGCCACUUUUCGAGUCUAUAAUCAGAUGCAUACCUGGGCCAUGUAUUGACAGAGAUGGUGCACUGCAAUUGCUUGUUACAAAUAUCGAGUAUGAUGAACAUAAAGGACGUAUAGCCAUUGGACGCUUGCAUGCUGGAUUUCUGCGUAGAGGAUUGGACGUGAAGGUGUGCACUGCAGAAGAUUCCUGUAGAUAUGCAAGAAUCACUGAGCUUUUUGUGUAUGAGAAAUUCAUUAGGGUUCCUGCAGAACGUGUAGAAGCUGGUGACAUAUGUGCUGUCUGUGGAAUUGAUGAUAUACAGAUUGGGGAGACCAUUGCUGACAAAAUAUCUGGGAGGCCUUUACCAGCCAUUAAGGUGGAGGAACCUACUGUCAAAAUGGCAUUCUCUAUAAAUACUUCACCAUUUGUUGGACGUGAGGGAAAGUAUGUCACUAGUAGAAACUUGCGAGACCGGCUCUACCGUGAGCUUGAGCGUAAUUUGGCUAUGAAAGUUGAAGAUGGAGAAACGGCAGAUACAUUCAUUGUCAGUGGUCGUGGUACUUUACAUAUCACCAUAUUGAUAGAAAACAUGCGAAGAGAAGGAUAUGAGUUUAUGGUGGGACCCCCCAAAGUUAUUAACAAAAAGGUGGAUGACCGCUUGCUGGAACCAUAUGAGAUUGCUACUGUAGAAGUACCAGAAGAACACAUGGGGUCUGUAGUUGAACUUCUCGGCAAAAGGCGCGGGCAGAUGUUUGAUAUGCAAGGGGUUGGGUCGGAAGGAACAACAUUUCUUAAAUAUAAAAUUCCAACACGUGGCCUUCUUGGUUUGAGAAAUGCAAUUUUAACUGUUUCUCGUGGCACGGCGAUUCUCAAUACAAUAUUUGAUAGCUAUGGACCUUGGGCUGGCGAUAUUACUACCAGGGAUCAGGGUUCACUGGUUGCCUUUGAGGAUGGAACAACUAGUUCUUAUGCCCUUUCUAGUUCACAGGAGAGAGGGCAGAUGUUUAUUGGUCCUGGGGUGGACGUUUAUAAAGGUCAAAUAAUUGGCAUUCAUCAGCGGCCUGGGGAUUUGUCUCUUAAUGUGUGCAAGAGAAAGGCUGCAACUAAUAUCCGUUCAAACAAAGAGCAAACAGUGGUUCUUGAUACCCCAUUGGCUUAUAGCUUGGACGACUGCAUUGAGUACAUUCUAGAGGAUGAACUCGUGGAGGUCACUCCAUUACAUAUCCGAAUGUGCAAAAAUCCGAAGUUUUCAAAGAAAAAGUAGACAUUCAGUGUAGUAAUAUAGCGUCCGGAUCUGCCCUUGCAAUUAGAUUGAUAUCUCCCUUUUCGCACCAUCUGUUGCCACUUCUAGUUCUCUUUCUCUACAUCCUAGAACCCCCCCUCCCUUCUUAUAGUAAUUUUACUUAUUUGAAUUGUUUAGAGAUAAAAGGGUACAUGAACAUGUAUAACGAAUGAGAAUGUUAAAUAGUGAAUUGUACUUCUAGGAGAUGAGCCCACGAACUUUUUGAACAUUGAUUUGUAAGGGAGAUUCUAAGUUUGUCACUCAUUUAAUGGACCACAGGUCAAUUUUUUGGGUAAAGGCCCUUGUAGCCGAAUACAUUCAAAGAAAAUUGUAAACAAGUGACCACUUCUUGAUUUUUA